CCCGUCCGCGCCAUCACCCUUGACAUCGCUAACGACGACGACAACGCCAUUUUUCGGCUCAGGAAAAUCGACGCGAAAAGCAUGCCGACACAGAGUGCUCCGCCUCCGGGUACUUUCAAGCCGCCAGCACCAGUACAGGCCGUCGCCACCCUCAUCCUCGUCGAGAAUUCCCAGCCUAUGCUUAAUAGAUGGCCUGAACUUGCUGACCCAUACAUCCCCGCGCUCAUCGAUGCUGUUCGACUGGCGAACCCACCCCCGACAGCCAUGCAAGUGGCGUUCAUGGAUAGCCUGCUAGCACCUCCGGGCCAGGGUGUAACCAUCGAUUCCUCGGUUCCCUCUUCGACACCAUAUUCACCGACGCAGGUCGACUCAUUUCGGACCCCUAAGAUCGUGUUCAACCCCGAUCCAAGCAAUAGAAUCUCUCUCGCCACGCUUCAUCGAUGUGUGCAAAGACUCGCCAAUGCAUAUCCGGGCGUGCAAGCCAUACGCCACCUGAUCGUUGUCGCUACUUCGCUUCCGGCAGAUGAAAGUACGCCCGAGGGGAUAAGCCUAGAGGAUGCGUGGGCUGCUCUUGCGGAUAGGAUGCACAAGGAACGCAUCAACCUGCACGUAAUCCUCAGUCGUUGGCCGUCGCCUACCACAACCACCAACGCCGACACACCUUCUCCAUCCUCAUCCUCAUCCGCCUCCUCCCAAACACUUACAUCAACUCCCUCCUCAACCCCACCUUCAAUUCACCCAGUUUCUCCCAAAUCUUCAAACACCACGAAUCAAUUCUCUACAAACCCCACAGCGUCUAUACUCCCCCACCAGUCACACGCACACCAACAACCAACCCCACCGCACCCACGGAUCCAAACCAUCUCCCGCCUCGUCGAACUCUUUUACGAGACCGCAUCUCGUUCGAAGCGGUAUCAAUCGCCACUUUGGUUCCCAGCCGAUCAUCUAAACUUCCAGUUUUAUAUAUCGACGGAUAGGAGCCCGGCAGGCUCGCCUCUUCCUCCGAGCACGGGCGCUGGAGCGAACCUGAACCACCACGCUAUGCUCAUCGACGCGCCUCAACCACUUCAAAUGAUGCACAGUUCGAUGUCUUUGCCUAUGUCUUCCGGGCUCGUAGGGAUGGAGGGUUCAGGUCUCGGGACGAUGGAGGGACAAAUGAGCAGUGGGUUCGUUGGGAAUAUGGGAGCAGACGCUGAUGCGGAUACGGAGAUGGAGUUGGAGGGCGAGAUAGUCCCUCCCACGCAGGAAAGGUCGGUCGAUCCGGAUACGGGGAUGGAACUGAAGAGGCCGCCGGGGUGGGUGGUGCUUGGGAGUGGAGGUGGGGAGAGUGAGGUUUUCGGGAAUGGGAAUGGAGCUAGGGGGACCGGAGUCGGGAUGAGUGAGACUGGAAACGGAGAUGAGGAAGAGGAAGAGGUCGUCGGACCUUCAGCCCCUCUGCAACCUGCAACUAUCCCCAAUACGCGACCAACAUCAGUUCAGCAACAUCCACAUCUAGGCUCCCAUUCAAGAGCACCUCCAGCACAAGCUCUUGCAUCUCAUGCAGCUCAUCCUAAUGGCCAUGGACACGCUCCAAGAGGAACAGCUAUCCCUCGGAACCACAGCUUUCCUCAGCUCACACACUCGCAUCAUCCGUACGCACACCCCUACCAGCACAUGCAAGCCCAGGCGCACGCACAACAACAGGAAGCCAUCGACAUGGAAGAGAUGCAGAGGUGGCAGGAUAUGCAGGUUGUAAACGGUGGUGGAAGUGGGUAUGGUGUACCGCUGGCCCAGAUGCCUGGGUAUGGUUUCGUGCCCGAUCAGCACCAACAACAGUCAUUGGCGAUGCAGGAGAUGUACGAUCGUCCACAGGAGAUUACUCUGCAUCCGCAUCCGCAGAUGUAUUCCAACAAUACGGGAAAUAUGCUGCCACCUACGCUCGAGCAAACUCCUUCGCACCAACUCCAACAGCAGCAGUUCAACUCCGCACGCUCAGCUCAUGCCGCACAUUCCGUAUCUCCCGUGUCCCCGACGACGCCUCCUCUGAUGUCAGGAAGCUCGCCUUACCGUGGCUCUUCGUCCACCGCGUCGAAUUCACCUAUCGACCCCGGUACUCGUUCGAGUCCAAUCUCACCUCUGGUCACAUCCAUCCAUGUUCCCGCUGCCAUCGCCUCCGCAAUGAACUCUGCACCUCCACCUGGUCGUCCCCCUCAGCUCUCUCUCAUGGGCGUCAUCGACCGUGAUCGUAAUCCGAACGGCCCUACUUCGUCCACCUCCUCAACCACCAUCUCACCCCUCGAUCGCGCCUUCGAUCGAGCGCAUAUAUCCUUUCCUGUGAAAAGGGAGCAGCAGGAAGAGAUGGAGUGGGAUGUGGUCGGGUCCCAACAGGAGCAACAACAACCACAGCAGAAGCUCUCGUUGGUCCAACAGUUACAGAAACUGCAUGGGCUUACGAAGCGGAAGACGUUCGGCUUGGGAGGGGGCGUUCCUGGGUCGAGGGCUCCGUUCAUCCGUGAUACAUCUCCGUCUUCGUCUUCCCCCUCAUCGUCUGUGGGUGCGUCGGCAGCGGAUGCGACUGGGAGUGGUGGCGCUGGUGUUACGGAGGAGAAUGGAACGGCGGGUGGAUCACCGCCUGCGAAGAAGCCAAAGUCGAGGAGGGGGAGUACGACCGGGGCGAAGACGGCGGUUACGAAUAGUGGGGUGAAGAAGAAAACGACGGAGGGGAAGAAGGCUGCUGCUGCGACUGCGACUGCGACGGCUGUUGCUACUGCCGCAGCCGCUGCUGCCGCUGGAUCAGGGUCUGUAGAUGCGUCUGUUGCUGCUGCUGUUGCCCCUGGAAAACCUCAUAAAACACCUCCAAUACCGCAUGCGGUCCCUUCUGGGGCGGUGGGGGGUCCUAUGCCUCUAUUUACGACGAAGCCGCAGAGGAGAAGUACGUUGGCGGUCACUUCUCUACCCGAGAGUUCGGAGGUGGAAGGGGGAGUGAGUGUAGGUGCCACUGUGGCACCAAGGGCCUCGAGUACGAGCGCAAGCCCGGAUGCGAGGGGGACGGCGGUGACGAUUCAGCCUAUGAUGGAUGAGAGGAUGGGAGGGGUCGAGUCCGGGACAAGGGGCAUGUAUCCUCCUGGGCCACCACUACCAUCGCAUACACAACCUGUUACUCCUAGCCCUCCCCUUCAAGCUCCAGUGCCAUCUCAGACUCUUAUGAUGCCUUCACAUAGCCAUAGCCUCAGCCAUGCUCCCCCAGUGCACACAUCACAUUCAGACCCUAGCGUUCCUACGCUCAAUUCAUACUCUUCGACGUCGCCGACAGCGGGGUACGGCGGCCCCGAUGACGCCCCGCCAUCCUUAACACAAAUCGGGCGAAGAAGGUCGUACAGUCUUAGCUCAGUCGAAGGGCAGUCUUCAUCCUUGCAUCCUCAACCUGAGUACCCCGGUGCAGCCCCUCUGCCGCCGCCUUUGCUUUCUCAGCCCAUGCAGCAGCAAUACAUUCAAGGACCAAGUGAUGUCGCAUUCCCGAGUCAGUCGACAGCUCUACCCGUCCAAGGUAACGGUAACAUGGGCGCCAGUGCAGGUAGCGUACAGGCUGAUGGUCGACCGCCAACGAUAGACCCCGGUGACACACUGUUCAUCUUCCCUGAGGAGUAUCACAGCGAACCUCAGCUACCUCCUCGCCCGAUGACGACUUCUACUGUCUUAGGCCAGCACACUGUAGUCAUGGCCCCUGGCUCCAUGCCCAUAUCCGCAUCUAUGGUCCCGCCGCCUCCAAUCUUGACGCAGGGUAUCGGCGUGCACCCUCAAAUGCAACUCUCUCCACAUCCGCCGCCUGGUCAGCCGUAUACACUAGUGCAGAAUGUCCGCGAGUACGCUCAUGGCAUGCAUACUGCUAUGCGGGAGCAUCCACAUGCGCCUUCGUAUCUCGCCCCACUUCCGCCGAACCCCCAUCCAGCGGAACACGCUCAAGGGCAUGCUUUCGUACCGCCCCCUGGACCACCUCCACAGUCAAUGUCUAUGUCGCAGCAUUCUCCCCCGAUGCUCCCUCCAUCGUCAUCUUCAUCGCGCGCGUCACACUCUCAGAUCCCUCUUCCGCCCCCGCCACAUCUAGUCCCCGCACUGCAGUCUAAUGCUCAAUCCACAGUGGCUGGCGCUCCGCAGGACGACUACUCGCAUAUUCUGAACCCGGCUGUAAGUCCCGGAAUGUUGAGAAACAGCGCGGGCGUGUUCGCAGCGACACCUAUCAGCGACAUGUCAGCAUCCGUACCCCCAGGCAAGCUCGAUAUGAAAGCUAGAUAUGAUCCCGGCGCAGGCGGUGCUUACGUGCAGGCGUAUACGCACGUUGGAGAGGGAGAUAUGGAGUACAGUGACGAAGGGUACACUACGGACUAUAGUGGCGCGUAUGAUGCCUAUCCCAGUGAUAAUGGAGGUGGUAUGGGGUACGAACCUAUGCCCGUUUCGGUAUAUCCGACUGCUGAGCAAAACUCGAGCUCUAGCCUGCAAUCAUGGGCUGGGUACUAGGAAGGUCGUAUCUUAUCCUCGGUGGAAGAUCAGACGUAGAAGAUUCCGUGAGUUGUCGUGCUGUCCUGACUGGCUUGCUAGUGUAUUCUCGAUUCGUCCGGACCGUUUCUUGAUCAUCUUUUCUUGAAUCACAUUUUCUUUCUUGGGGUUUCUACUUUCGGAUCUUAGGUGUCUGGCGUAUUCUUAUGUUUCUCUGGGUCAUCGAAUUCUCGGGUUUUAUCAUCAUUCGUGGUCGGAUGUCGCAUGCUCGUUGCUCUGCUCUGUCGCCUGUCGCUCGCUUGCUCGUACGUCGUGUCCUUCUUUGCCACUUUGUCAUAUGCUACAUCUACCUUUUUUGUGCUUGUAUAUCAACUUCUACUUUCAUACCCUUCUCACGACCUUUUACGAUCACAAUUAGUAUCUCCGAGGGUAUAGUCCUCCCAUUGUUUCUUCCUGCCUUUCCCAGUGCCAUCGUACGAGGCUCCACACUUCAUUGGGCACCUCGGGCCUUCUGCUCUCCCGAGAAAAGGUCGGCCAGCUCAUUUCUCCGUAGUCUUUCGAUUCGCAUCCCUGUCAUGUACGAAGAAGAUGUAAUACGGGGUCGGAUAGUGCAUCUCCCCAUCCUUUGGCAGGUCUAUUUACCGCGUACUCUAAAGUACUAUACAAUUACUGAUAUACAGUUGAACGUGAAAGCCGGCUCACCCUUUCUUGUCAGUAUGUACGAUCGUGGUAGUCAUACUAGCCAUUUCUUGGACGUGUACGAUAGCGAUGUCAGACGUACGCCCGAUUCAUUUUGCCGUGCCUCUGGGCGCU